AUGCCGCCGCGCCCUCGCGCGGACGCGUCGGUGGACCUCGCGCGCGCGCGCGCGAGCGCGGACGACGUCUCGCAUCGCCUGUCGGACACGCGCGCGCGCACGGUGCAGGCGGUGGAGCUCACGGAGCGCGCGCUGAGGGAAUUCAGAGACGCGGACGCGCGCGACGCAUCGAAACCGCGAUCGACGCUCGUCUCGCCGUACGACGGCGAGGAGGACGAGGAGGGCGGAGAUAACGAACUCACGGCGCUGGUGCGGCAGCUGGAGUCGUUCGCGGAGAAACGAACGGGGACGGGACAGGCGCCGCGAGGGGCGAACGGGACGAGCGGGACGACGCGCGGCGAACGGGAACGAGAACGGGAACGAGGAGGGGAUAAAUGGAGCGUGAAGAGCGGAGAUAGCGGCGAUGGACGAUCGAUGAACGAUGAAAAUUCGUUGGUCGGGUACUCGAUGAUGUACGGGAGCACGGUGGACGACGAUGGGAGCGCGGCGGACGCGGAUGAGCUCGCGAGCGAGUUUUCGGUUGAUUUUUCGCUGCCGAGCGAACGCGUGGCUGGGGGUGCGACGGCGAGGAACGAUAAAAAGAGCGAGCUCGGGAGCGUGAGUGGGCGGAUAAACGCGGUGAGCGAUAGUUUAACGACGAGCAAGUCGCGAUUGCACGAGAGCAUCGCGAGCUUGGAGCUCGAAGCCGGGUUGACUGAAAACGGCGCCGAGAUGGAUUUCGAGCAGUACAAGGACGACAUGCCCGUGGUCGGGAACACGAAGACCGGUCAGGUCGUCAUCGAUUUAGCCGCGAGAGGCGUGAACUCGCUCAGUCGAUCGAGUUCGCAGUUCAUGGGCGAAGGCAAAGGCGGUCGGGGCGGCGACGGCGCCGAGCUCAGUCCGCUUGUGCGAAUGUUCAAUAGCGUGUGCGGCGGUUGUUGCGCCCUGCGCAAGUGA